AUGCCCGGCGACGUCGGCGGACCGUUCAUGUCCGAAACAGAAGCGGGCUUCUACCAACAAGUCGGGAUCAUUUCCUCGCCCCACAAGGAAUGCCAACACCUCGUUGGAGGGAUCAGCUUGAAGACGGCGAAUUACGUGAACGGGUUCAUCAAGCCCAACACCCAGGAUGGUGUUUGGUGCUCUGCCGCCGAGCGCUGAAUCUCUUCUUAGAAAUCGGUUCUGAAAAGCAUGAAAGAUAAAACGUUCAAAAAUGG